UAUUCGAAGAUCGGUAUUCAUUAGAUUGACAGCCUUUGUUUCCCCCGGAGAUUUAGGUGAUGCUGGCUGACAGAUGCCGGCCAUCUUCACUGCUCCGUGCAUUCGGCCAUGUUGUUGGCAUUUUGGGGGUCAUUUCUAGGUAGAUGUGUUGGUAACUUCCAAUCUACUGCUCUGCUCUCUUCACUCCAAGGUCAUGUGAACUACCACGCUAGUCUAAUAUUUGCGGGCUCAACUUAUACCCUCCUAUAUCCUCGUCAUUCUUCGGUUUUCAGUCUUAUGUUCCACUGCACAUUUUGCUCUCUACUUGUGCUACCCUCUUCCGCUGAAAUAGGCUGCAUCAUCUUAGUAUCUCUAGAAGCUCUUACUCCGGCCUUCAGCUGGAGAUUCAUGUGAAAGAAUUUCCAGGAUAAGGAGAGAACUGUGAGUACUUGAAGCGACACGCUUUGCAUUUCCAGGGUUCAACGUUAUAGGAUGGUCUCUUCAAGUCCAAGGCAGCUAAUA